AUGGCCGUCCCGCUCAUUCGAACACCACCACCACCCGCAGCUUCUCCCGCAGACACCGGUCAGCCCCCGAAAAUGAAGCGCGCAAAGGUGCGUCAGGUAGACGAGGCCCUAGAAGUCCAAGACGCUCAGCCCUUGGUCCGGCGGUCGACCCGUGCCCGCAAGAGGCCGGCCGCAUUCGAUCAAGAAGCCGAGUACAAGCCUGCUCCUUCCGCCUCGAGGGGGGAGCUCAACAAGAGGAUCAAGAUUGUGCAGCGACGGAACCCGCCGCGUAAGGCCACGGCGUCCCCGCCACCAGAGGUGCCGCUGCCAGACGACGUGCUUCUCGAGGCAUUCGCGCCGAUGCGGCCAGAGGAGCUCCAGCAGUGGCGAGGCUGGACCGAGGUUGAAUCAGAGCCUGCCUUUUUCAAUCAUAUUUUGAAGCAGAUUGGUAUAGAAGAUGCCAAGAUUCAGGAGGUGUUUUCUAUCGAUGAAGACGCUUUUGCUUUUGUGCCCAAACCAAUCCAUGGUCUGAUAUUCCUCUACCAAUUUGUCGAGGAGUCUGAAGAGGAGGAGAGGCAAGAUUGCCCAGAGGGAGUCUGGUUUGCGAAUCAGACAACAGCAGAUGCCUGUGCUACUGUUGCUAUGCUCAACAUAGCCAUGAACAGCUCAGGGCUACACCUGGGCCCGACGCUGGACGACUUCAAGGCCGAGACCAGGAAUCUAUGCCCUGCAUUACGCGGCUACGCCAUGAGCAGAAACCCGACCAUCAGGGCUGCCCACAACUCCUUUGCCAGACGCAUAGACAUCCUCAGGGCGGACCUCCACCUGAACAACAAGUUCGACUUCGCAGCCAGAGCUCCUGAAUCAUUAUCACCCUCCCCCUCGCCCUCAAAGAGCAAGAAGCCGCCGGCAAAGCAAGCCAAGCCAAAACCAAAACCAAAACCCAAAUCCAAAAAGAAGCGAGCUGUCGACGCCGCGUUCCACUUCAUCGCCUACGUCCCUAUCGAGGACAAGGUCUGGGAGCUGGACGGCCUGCAGCACAAGCCCUUCUGUCUAGCAACCUCCGACCGACCAGGCACCUUCGACGGCGACGACUGGGCCGCCGAGGCCCGCUCCCGCAUCGAACUGCGCAUGUUCCAGGACGCCGACGAGGACAACUUCUCAUUCAACCUCCUCGCCAUCUGCGGCUCCGCCCUGCCCGCCAUACGGCAGAGCCUCGCCCUCACCCUCCGUCAGCUGCUCGUCCUCGACGCCCACCAGCUCGGCCGGGGCGGCGAAGGCGGGUGGGCGCCGCAGCCGGACGACCUCCUAUCCGACGUGUCCAAGUUCGGCCUCGACCGCGCCGCCGACAUCGAGAGCGUAGGCGACGCCGCGGCCGCCCUCCCGCGGGAAUUCACCGACCGGAUCGCGCACGCCGAGUUCGGCACGGCCCGGGCGCUCGAGCUGCGCGCCGAGCUCGACGCCGAGCGCCGCCGCCUGCGCGCCGAGUACGCGGCCGAGCUGUCGGCCGACGAGGACAACGCGCGCCGCGUGGACGGGCGCAAGAAGGACUACGGCCCCCUGCUGCACGGCUGGGUGCAGAAGCUGGCCGACAAGGGCGUCCUGAAGGACAUUGUCGGCGCCGCCGGCGCCGGGGCAUCUCAGAGCUGCGGCUGCGAGGGCGACGAUUCGUCGGACGCGGAGCGCGGCCAGUGCAUCACGGUCGCUAGCCUGUGGGACUCGUGGAACGACAACUCCGCGUCGAUUGACCACGACGAGAGCGGCUUUUGCAUUACGGCCAGAGGCAAGGAGACGGCAUCGAAGGACGGCGAGGGCAAUGUACCCAAAGGAAGGAAGGGCAGCAGUCUCACCGUGGACGACUUAUUGAACCCGUCGAACGAAAACGACGUGGGUGACUAUCGCAGUAGGCUCAGGAGCAAGAAGCGGUCAAGGAGCGACAUGACUUCUUCGCCAAAGAAGAGGAAGCGCAAAAGUCUCACCAUUGACGACUUGUUGAACCCAUCCAACGAAGAUGACGCGGGCGACUAUCGCAGCAGGCUCAGAAGCAGGAAGCGGUCAAGGAGCGACAUGACUCCUUCUCCAAAGAAGAGAAAGCGCAGAAGCCUCACGGUUCAGGACUUGUUAAAUCCAUCAGACCAAGACGACGGCAAUCAGUCCAACAUUGCUAGUGGGUAG